AUGGGAAAUACAUUACAAAGUAGUAGUAGACCCUCAAACGCUAGUCAAAUUGAACAGACUUCAAACAAAAAUCCUCAUAUAUAUGAGGAAAUUCUUCGAUUAUUAUCUCUUUUAUGUAACGAUGAUCAAUUUCCUCUGAGUAUAAUUCGACAAAAAAAUAAUGUAUCAUCUGAUCAUGAAAUUAUUGAUAGUCUUUCAUCUGCAAUGAAAUCAGAAGAAUUUUCAAUGCUUUUAAUCAAACUUAUUUGGAACGAUCGAACUAGUAUUUCACGAAAUGAAUUAACUAAACUUUUUUAUGAUUGUUGUCAGUUCGAUUUAAAACAAGCUUUAAAAGAAAAUGUCAAUUUACUUCAACCCACUAUGUUUGAUAAUGAAUGUUUUUCGGCAUUGACGAACAGUAUCGGAACCUCUAAAUCAUCUGAAAUUGAACAAGAACAAUUUUAUCAAUGGGUACGUGCACAAUUUCCAACACUAUUUUAUGGUUUUGAAACGUGGUUUCGUACAAAUUCAACAUCAUCUACCAGUAAGAAGACAUCUCAAGAAGCAUCCGCAUCGAAUUGCUCAUUGAUGAAAAUGAAUAAUAUUCUUAGUCCAACUUGGGUAUGGCUAUUUACUCAUAAUAUUCCUAUUUCGUAUUUAUCAGCGGAUAAUUCUUGUACAACUUUAUUGGAUCGAAUGUCUUCAGUCUUGCAUGGUCGAAUGUGGAAUCAUCUAUAUGAUAGCCAUCGUGAUGGAUCAAGUUUAAAUAGAUUUCAACAUCAUAUUUUUGGCUACAAAGCACCAAUUAUCAUUUUAUUCGAAGUAUCAGAUGGUUACUUAUUUUGUUUAUGCUGUGACGAAGAAUUCAAAGAAUCACCUAAACAUUUUGGUGGUAUCCAAGCGUGUUUAUUUCAAUUGAAACCUGUGUUUAAAACUGUUCUGGAGGGUCCAAAUAUUAUUUUUAUGAAUACAAAACUACGUGGUGUAUCAACACUUGGUUUAUUUAUUGGUCGUGAUCUUGCACAUACAUUUCUGAAUAUUGAUGGUGACUUUUUCAAUGUAAAACAUUUAAAUGGUGAAGGCCGUUUAGCUGCCAUUGAUGUAUGGGGUGUUGGCGGUAGAGACAGUGCUGACGAACAGAAUAGUAUGCGUCAAUGGGAAACAAAACAAGUUGAAAAAGCUCGCAAAGUCAAAAGAACAUAUGAAGAAGAAGAAGCUAUUCUUAACAUGGCUGGCAUUACAACACGACAUGCACAAGAACAAUUAUAA